AUGUCGCCGUCGCCGACCCUUAGCAAUGUCUUGAGAAAAUUCAAUCCGUCCAGAAUUUUAUCCGAAUCCUUCGUGAUGGACGCCAACGUCAAGCCCGUCGAAAAAGGCGACCAAGAUGAACAAGAUCUGGCUGACAUGGGCCAUGUCCAGGCUCUGUCAAGAAAAUUCAGCCCCUGGAGCAUGUUUUGCCUCGCCUUCUGUGUUCUAGGAACAUACUCGACCUUCGCGCAGGGCCUGUCCAGCGGGCUGACCAACGGCGGGUCCAUCACCAUCCUCUGGGGCUUGGUUCUUGUGACUUGUUGCAACCUUUGUGUUGCUAUAUCCCUGGGUGAACUAGUGAGCUCAAUGCCCUCGUGCCUGGGUCAGGCUUACUGGACGUACCGGGUGUCGAAUGCCCGCUUCCUGUCGUAUACCUGUGCCUGGAUCAACACUUUUGGUUGGUGGACUUUGACCGCAUCGCAAGUUGCCUUUAUGACCGAGUUUCUGCUGGGGAUGAAGACCAUGUUUGAUCCAGAGUGGGACGGCGCUGGGAAGGGCUGGCUGCAGUUCUUGGUCUACAUUGGCUGCGUCUUUAUCCUGACGAUUGUCAAUGUCGUCAGUUGUCGGCGCGAGCAGAUUCUUCCCUGGCUCAAUAACUUUGUCGGCAUCUGGUUCUCGGCCCUGUUUGUCAUUCUUUCGAUGGCAAUCCUUAUAUCGGUCACCGUCAGACCGGGUCUGUCUUAUCAACCGGCAUCGUUUGUCUUUGGACAGUGGAUCAACCGGACUGGAUGGCCUGAUGGAGUCGUCUGGUUUACGGGUCUUGUUCAAGCGGCCUAUGGCCUGACUGCGUUCGACUCAGUAGUCCACCUCGCUGAAGAGUUGCCAAAUCCACGCCGCAACGCUCCUAGAGUCAUGUGGCUGGCGGUGCUCGUCGGCGCCAUAACUGGCUUCAUAUUCAUGGUGAUAUGUCUGUUCGGUAUCCAAAAUGUUGACAGCGUCGUCAACGCAGACCUCCCAUUCAUACAACUGAUGCAAGAAACUACCGGUUUGGACGCUGCCUCUGUCCUACUGGCGUUGUUCAUAUUCAACGGCCUGGGGCAGGGAAUCAGUAUCCUCACGACAGCCUCGCGCCUAACCUGGGGCUUUGCCCGAGACGGCGGUCUCCCUUGGAGUGCCUACUUUGCCGUCAUCGAUCCAAAAUGGAAAGCACCCGUCCGCGCCCUCUGGCUGCAGGGCUUCAUCAUCGCCCUCGUCGGCGUCCUCUACCUCUUUGCCAGCCCCGUCCUCGAAGCGAUUCUCAGCGUCAGCACAAUCGCGCUAACAGUCUCGUACGGCAUCCCCAUUGCCACACUUCUCUACGUCGGCCGAGACCGUCUGCCACCAGGCGGUACAUUCCGACUUGGCCGCUGGGGCAACACCGUCAAUUGGAUCAGCGUCGUGUAUUGUGCCGUUACGACUGUGUUCUUCUUCUUCCCCGGCGAGCCCAAUCCGGCUCCGGCGGAUAUGAACUAUGCGAUUGCGGUGUUUGGGGUUAUGCUUGUUGUUGCGGUGGGGUUCUGGUUCCUGAGGGGGGAGCGCACGUACCUCAAGACAGAGGAUGCGGUUGCGCAGAUGAUCUUUGCCAGGAUGAAUGAGAGGAAUAUGGUGGGGCAUGAUGGGAAGAUGGAAUAG